AUCUAGAUAUAUACAGAGUAAAUAUAAAGAGAAUAAAUGUAAAGCAGUGUAAGACAGUAGUCAGUGAGAAAGGACACUAGUAGAUGCAAGGGUCAGGAAAUGUUUCAUGUAAGAGGUGGUGCUUGAAUUAUGCUCUGAAGGACAGGGAUUUUUGUGAGAACAGGAGAAGGAAGUUCAUUCUAGGAUGGGGGAUGACCAGUUAAAGGUCCAAGAUGUGGCAAGUGAUUAUAUGGAAUGAGAGAGAGUGAGGAGUUAGAGCAUAAUGCUAGGCUUAUAAAUUGACGAGAGAAGAAUGGUGGUGUGUCUUCAACAGAAAUAGGAAAAUUUGUAAGAAGGGAAGUGGUUGGGGAAAAAGUAUGGAGGUUAUACUGGUCAGAUGCCUGGAAUGCAGAUGCAAAUGGGACAGCCAAUGCCAGGAACAGUACCAAAUAUGCCUCAUGGAGGAUACUCUGGAUACUCAGCAUAUACUGGUGGUUAUUCUACAAGUGACCCUAUGUGGAAUUACUUCACUGCUAUUGCUGGACAGGAUGGUGAAGUGGAUGCUGAAGAGCUUCAGAGAUGUUUAACACAGUCUGGGAUUAGUGGAACCUAUUCUCCAUUCAGUUUGGAAACCUGCAGAAUUAUGAUCUCUAUGUUGGAUAAGGAUUAUACAGGAAAAAUGGGAUUUAAUGAAUUCAAAGAACUUUGGGCAGUUCUUAAUGCCUGGAAGCAGAACUUCAUGAUGAUUGACCAAGACCGAAGUGGAACAGUUGAGCUUCAUGAACUGAGUCAAGUCAUUGCAGCUAUGGGUUAUAGGUUAAGUCCUCAGACAUUAACUGCCAUCGUAAAGCGUUACAGCAAGAAUGGUAGAAUCUUCUUCGAUGAUUACGUUGCUUGCUGUGUAAAACUCAGAGCAUUGACAGAUUUCUUUAGGAGAAGAGACAGCAUGCAACAAGGUUUUGUGAACUUUGUAUAUGAUGAUUUUUUGCAGGGCACCAUGGCCAUAUGAGUACCCAACUGAUAAAGAAUGUUGGGGGAGAGAGAAUCCUGUGAAUUCUUCUGCUCAGAAAGAACUAACUGAACCUGCUGUGAACUCAAGCUCUUCUGGCCUUCUCUGUAUUCCUGCCUGUUAUCUGUAUAACUGUUUUAAUCUUAGUGCACAGUUCAGAGCAAUAAAAAUUGUUUUCUUUACAAUGUUACAAUUUGAAAAAGCAUUACUUUACAUUUUCAUCUACAUAAUGGAAAAUAAUAUGUUAUGAUUGGUUAAUGAAAAGUAAAUACCAAGCAUAAGAAUGAUCUUACCUCUCGGGUGAUUUUGAGUAGUAUAUAGAAUAUAUUUAACCAGAAUAAUAAAUUGGAGAAUGUCUAGGUACGAUGUCUAAAACUUGAAAAUGAACUUCUUCUAGUUUUUGCCUAUAAACAUUAGGAAAUUAUCUAGAGAAAAGGAACUGAGUUUUUGUACCCUAUUUUUUGAUGAUGUAAUUAGGAAACAAAAACUGAGUUGAGUUUAAAAGGGAAAAAUAGAAGUAAUAGUCUGAUGACCAAUUGCCUGAGAAUUACCAUAAAUUUUCAAAUUUGAACCAUUAAUAGACCCAAGAUUUUCUUUGCUGUUCUUUGUUAGCACUUUUUCAUCUAUUUCAUUUGUUUAUUUUGGUAACAAGUUAUAAUUCAGUUUUAUUUGACUUUUCCACUUUAAUUAGUGCACAUAAAACUUGAAAGCAUGAAGUUAAGAGAAUGUGGCUUACAUCCCAGUGUCUGUAAUGAAAGUUCUUUGAAUGGAAAUGUCAGCAUUUAUAAUUUUCUAUAAGUUUUACAUGGUGCCAAAAUAAUGGUUGAAAAUUUAAAAGAAAUUAGCCAACUAGUUGUUUAAAUGUUCUAAAAAACAAUUUUGAUUUAUUUGAUUGAAUUGUUUUGGCAUCAGUCCAUCAACAAAUAUUUUAACUCUUUCCUUCUCUAUGCAGAUCAGUGUGCUAGGCACUUAUAAGGAUCACUUAGAAUUCCAUAUUGUCAUAUUGCAAUAACUGAAUAACUGACUCCUUUUUGCCUCCCAUUAGUAGAUAAAUUAUGUGGGGAAGUGUUUAUUUAGCCUGCUGUGGUGAUCAAAACAAAGGAUAAGGAGUCAGGAGGCCCGGAUUCAGCCCUGUCAUUACUUAGCCAUAACUUCAGUGAGAAAGUUUCCUUAUUUGUAAAAUGAAGGGGUUGUACUAUAAUACCUUUAUGGUCCCAUUUAUUUCUAAGAUUCUAGCCCCUUUUCUUCAUAGACAUAUACCAUUUUAUUUUAAACAUUUUGAAGAACUUGAAAAUAGAGAAAGACCAAGUUAUAUAUUACUUCAAAAUCUUCCUAAGGGUUAGUGGUACUGUAUAACAUGAGAAUAUAGUUAACAUGUGGUAUAUGAGCUAAGUGAUAUGUAGUUUUUUUCUAGUUUCCAAAAAGUAAUUUAACAUUUAAAGCUACAGCAGUUUAGGAGAAAUAACAAUUAUCCAUUUAAAGCAUGGGGGCAGAUGGCAGCAUAUUGAUAAAAAACUUUCAUAGCAUAAAUAGAAAUUUAAAUCAACAUUCCCUUUUGCAAUUCCUGAAAAGUAAAGUAUAGCCAAUAUGACACUGCUAGUCUGCAGUAACUGGCUGCUUUUAAACUUCAGUAAGUAAUAUGUAUAUUUUAAAAUUUGAAUGUUUAAAGAGGACUUAUCUGGAAACCAUCCACAGUCUUUAAAUUUUCUCUACUCCCAUAAAUACUUUUCCCUCUUAAAUACUGCCCACUCCUAUCAACUGUUCAGUCUGUUUUCAUAUGACGACAGUUUGUCAGUGUGGGAAGAAGUUGACUGAGCCAUAGUAAAAUGUUUUUCAGUUGAGAUUAUAUAGAAAGACUCAUAAGCUAUAGCUAACAGUAGAAGUAAGGAUUAGCUCUAUUAUUGCAUUGGUAUAGGGAAAUCCCAGGAGAGGAAAUGCCUUCUACCAAUGCAGGUUUGCAUCCUCUCUGCAACUGACAGUCUUAGAGAAUUGCCAAGGCACAGAGAGGUCAAUGAUGACCAGAGAGUAAGUGUCAAAGGCAGAAAUUGAACCCAGGUGUUUUUGUUUUCAAGACUUGCUCUCUACCUACAACAUCACAGUUGCCAAAAUUGCAGCCCCAAAACUCCACGGUGCAGCCUGAAACAGAUUAAAAUGUAAUUGGGGAAGAGUCAACAAAACAAAUAAAACUUACAGAACAACAUAAAUAAUAUUAAUUUGUGGUUAAGUCAUUAUAUAUUCCUGCAGGAAUCAUUUUUAUUUGCAUUCAGCACCAAUGCCCUGGGCCAUGCUGCCUCUUUUAUUAUAGCUAUUAUUAUUGGCAACUAAUUUACUCAACUUAAACAUCCAUAUUAUUUAGUAUGAUGGUUCUAUAUGUCCCUAUUUUAAGAUAUGUACUUAAAAGUCCUAGUGCCUUUUGCACAUGGUGGUCAAAGGUUGAGGUGAAAACUUAGAAUUGCAUUAAAAUCAUCAUUUACUUUUCUGCCAAAUAACAAGUUUGUUUUAUAGUUUUUAUGUGUUAUUCAUUUUUCUUGAAAAUUGCUAGAUAAUCAUAUUGCUUUUCACAUUAAUUUAAAUAUUUUCAUAAAAUAUUAAGCAUAAUUAUGAUUUUGUUCAGUAUUUUUAUAUUGAAGCACACCCAGCUUUUGAAGUUUUUAUUAUUUUGUGUUAUAGUAGUUAAAAUAAUAUCUAUAAAAUACUCAAAUCAGUGACUUAAAAAUUAAAUGGUUGUAUAUAGAUUUUGCUGGGUGCUCAUGACUGGAUUUGUAAGUGUGGUUGGUUAGCUGAUUUUGUGAAGUCAGUCCUAUUCUAAGUCUUCUUGUUAGUGUUGUGAAUUGUUGAAUAAUUUACACUGUCAAUGUACAAGUGCUUUUAUUUGUAUAGUAAACAAUGAUCCAAGUCAUCUUGAGAAUUUUUUUUAGAAAUAAACAUUCAAAUUGCUUUCUGUAAAGUUUUGCAUUAUACAAAAUCUGUUAACAUACAUAUUAUGAGAUGCUACAGUUCAUAAAAACAAUGAAGUAGUUCACCUAGGUCUAAAAAACUGCCAGAUUGUAAAUGUCAGGCAUUGCAAUUCUGUGUAAAGUGCUAUAUAGAUAUUUUCAGUUCUAUUGAUGAGGAAAUAUGGAGUCAAUUUGGAGUUUUGAUUUGGUCAUCUUAAACUUACUGCCAAGUAAUUGAAUUGUGCUCUUUUAAAAACUUCAUAAGCAUGCAUUCAGCAAGCAAAGUAGCACAAAAUAAAAAACUCAUUCAUGAAUUAUGAAUAUUUUCCACAUGUAUUUGUAUCUAUAAAAGGCAUUUUACCCUUGAAAUAAAUGUAUGAGAUUCAUUGUGAUUUAUAUUUUGUGCAUCUUUUUGAAAAAUACAAAAAUUCAUUCUUGUGAUUAUUUCUCUACUGGUUGAACUAGAUGAAAUGUAAUCUUGUAUGUUGUCAUUCAGAUGAACUAACCUUGAAUAAAUACUUGUCAGAACUAGA